AUGUCGGAACGAUAUUCGUUGCGCCAAACUCCAAAAAAGACGGAGCAUCUCGGGUUCGUUGAGACGCCGCGCGCUCGCAGACCGUACAACCGCCGCAAGUCACAGUUCCCUGAAGACGAGGGCGACGAUUCUUCCUCUGCGACAGACAACUCUUCUGCCAAAGUCCCAUCGACGAGAUCGAGAACACCGAGUCGAAAGGUCAGUAUGGUGAAAGAAGCUACGACCAAUGGGCACGCCACCAAUGGUCAUGCCAACGGUGGUGCUGCAACAAAUGGACAUGCGAAUGGAAGUAUGAAUGGGUACGGAACCAUCAAUGGAGGGGCCAAUGGACACGUCAACGGUGCAGCGAACGGAGUGGCGAAGAAGACAGACACCGAGAAUAAGGUUGUUGAUGGGUGGGAGGUUGGGAAGGAUCCGAAGAUCGACUAUUCUGGACAUUUCGACUUUGGCGGCUCCUUUGGUGUCACAGCCAUGAUGAUUGGCUUCCCGCUCCUCAUGUACUACAUGUGGAUCGGAGCCACGUUCUACGAUGGCAAGCUCCCGCGCCCGGCUGAGGGAGAGUCGUUGGGCGAGUUCUUCAGACAUAUGGGAAAUCUUGUCUACGAAUAUGCCUUCCCUUCCGCGUACGCAUGGACUCUCUACUGGACUUUUUUUGUUUUCGAGGGUGCUUGUUUUUGUCUCCUCCCGGGUAUCUGGACUUAUGGCAAGCCAUUGCCUCAUAUGGGGGGCAAGCAGCUCCCGUACUACUGUUCGGGUGUCUGGUCUUUUUACACAACAAUCGCCGUCAUGGCUACCCUUCACUGGACUGGUCUUUUCAAGCUUUAUACCAUCAUUGAUGAGUUUGGACCUAUCAUGUCGGUUGCAAUCUGCUCCGGCUUCUUGGUAUCGUUCAUUGCAUACUUCUCUGCAUUGGCUCGUGGUGCCCAGCACCGAAUGACUGGCUAUCCUCUGUACGAUUUCUUCAUGGGUGCCGAAUUGAACCCUCGUCUAUUCGACAUUUUGGAUUUCAAGAUGUUCUUCGAAGUUCGUCUUCCAUGGUAUAUUCUCUUUGGAAUCUCCUGUGCAACUGCCGCCCGUCAAUAUGAGCAAUUUGGCCAUGUUACAGCCGAGGUCUGGUUCUUGGUUAUGGCUCACUUCCUGUACGCCAAUGCAUGCUCCAAGGGAGAGGAGUGCAUCCCUACCACAUGGGACAUGUACUACGAGAAAUGGGGCUUCAUGUUGAUUUUCUGGAACUUGGCUGGUGUGCCUUUGACUUACUGCCACUGCACCAUUUACCUGGCCAACCAUUUGGAUACCGUCAACAGCUACCCCUUCCGAAUCCCACUCCUCGUCCUUCUGUUCACUUCCUAUCUGUUCAUGUACUGGGUCUGGGACACCACCAAUUCGCAAAAGAACCGCUUCCGUUCGCAAGAGCGUGGAACCCUCACCGAGAGAAAGGCUUUCCCUCAGCUCCCAUGGCAAACAGUCAAGAACCCCCGUACCAUCAAGACCAAAUCGGGAGACUCAAUCCUCGUCGAUGGAUGGUACGGUUACGCCCGCAAGAUCCACUAUACUUGUGACGCUUACUUCGCAGUCACCUGGGGAUUAAUCACCGGAUUCAACAGCCCUUUCCCCUGGUUCUAUCCUGUCUUCUUCUCUUGCAUGAUUGUCCACCGCGCGUAUAGGGAUAUCCAGCGCUGUAGAGUGAAGUAUGAGGAGUCGUGGACGGAGUAUGAGAAGUUGGUUCCGUAUUUGUUCAUUCCUGUAAGUUCGGAUGUCCUGAUCUUUUACCAGAAGGGCGAAGCUGACUUGCCGAAGUACAUCUUUUAA